AUGAAGGAAAAGUCCAAGAAUGCUGCGAAGACUAGAAGGGAAAAAGAAAAUGGAGAAUUCUACGAACUGGCCAAGUUGCUGCCUCUGCCUUCAGCUAUCACCUCCCAGCUGGACAAGGCCUCCAUCAUCCGCCUCACCACCAGCUACCUGAAAAUGCGAGCUGUCUUCCCAGAAGGUUUGGGCGACGCCUGGGGCCAGCCGAGCAGAAUAGGGCCCUUGGAUAAUGUGGCUAAAGAGCUGGGAUCUCAUUUGCUUCAGACAUUGGAUGGAUUUGUUUUUGUGGUAGCAUCUGAUGGCAAAAUAAUGUAUAUCUCUGAAACUGCAUCUGUUCAUCUCGGUUUAUCCCAGGUGGAGCUUACUGGCAAUAGCAUUUAUGAGUAUAUACAUCCUUCUGACCAUGAUGAGAUGACAGCAGUGCUUACAGCACACCAGCCUCUUCAUCCUCACCUCUUACAAGAGUACGAAAUAGAGAGAUCAUUUUUUCUCCGGAUGAAGUGUGUCUUGGCCAAGAGGAAUGCAGGCUUGACAUGUAGCGGCUACAAGGUGAUCCACUGCAGUGGCUAUUUGAAGAUACGUCAGUAUAUGCUGGACAUGUCCUUGUAUGAUUCCUGUUACCAAAUUGUAGGACUGGUGGCUGUGGGUCAAUCUUUACCUCCCAGUGCAAUCACUGAGAUCAAGCUUCACAGUAACAUGUUCAUGUUCAGAGCAAGUCUGGACUUAAAACUUAUAUUCCUAGAUUCCAGGGUGACUGAUUUAACUGGAUACGAGCCCCAAGACUUGAUAGAGAAGACCCUCUACCACCAUGUCCAUGGCUGCGAUGUCUUCCAUUUACGAUAUGCUCACCAUCUCUUGUUGGUGAAAGGCCAAGUCACAACCAAGUACUAUCGACUACUGUCCAAGCAUGGAGGCUGGGUUUGGGUACAGAGCUAUGCUACCAUCGUGCAUAACAGCCGUUCAUCUCGGCCUCACUGCAUAGUGAGUGUCAAUUAUGUCCUUACAGAUAUUGAGUACAAGGAACUUCAAUUAUCACUGGACCAGGUUACCAUUUCUAAGUCACAGUUUUCAUGCAGAAACUCAAUGUCUACCUCACAAGAAACAAGGAGAGUAGCAAAACCCAAAAGUAAUAAAAUGAAGGCAAAACUCAGAAUGACUCCUUACCCGCAACAGCAAUACAGCUCAUUCCAAACAGACAAACUGGAAUGUGGCCAGGUUGGAAGCUGGAGAUCCAGCCCUACAGUGAAUGCUGGCACCAUCCAAGAACAGAACUUCCAUUCAGAAAACAGUGAACUUUUAUAUGCCCCCUCAUAUAGUUUGCCUUUCUCUUACCAUUAUGGACACUUCCCUGUAGAUUCUCAUGUCUUCAGUAGCAAAAAACAAAUGCUGACUUCUAAAUUUGGGCAGUCUCAAGGAUCACCUUGUGAAGUGGCUCGUUUUUUCUUGAGUACGUUGCAGACAAGUGGAGAGCGCCAAUGGCAUUAUGCCAACUCUUUAGUACCUACCAGCCAGUCGCCGUCUAAAAAUCUUCCCGAUCAACCAAUAAAUAUUGCAUGUCAUAAUCUUGCACAGAGUUAUGAAGUGCCCAUAUCAAACAGAAGAUACAGCCAAGAUGCUACAUCUGACAGUUUUACAAGUUGUGCAACAUCCAUGCCAAACAGCAGAUACAAAGAAGAGAUUUACAACUCCAGCAUCAUGAAACCCAACAAAAUGGAAAGCAGGAUACAUCCAUCUCAUCAUCUCAUUAAAGAAGAAAACAAGUUAGCUUUCAGCAGAGACCUACAAGAAAAAGUGUGUGUUAAUGAAAAGUCUUUUUCAAACUCCAUAGCUAAUUCCUUGUUGCCAAAAUCAGAAUGUUUUCAGGCUAAAGCUAUUGGACAAUUAAGUCAUCUCCUGCCAGUGCCAACAGUAUAUGAACAAACAAGGAGAAUAUGUAUGAAAGAACCAAAAUAUGGGCAUAUUAGCCAUCAUGCUAUGAACCUGGAUGAACUAGACAACGAUGACAGAAUGACAGUAAAGCUUGACCAUGACUCUGAAAAUGAACACAUGAUGGAUACAAGAACUACUGGACAAGUCCCAUUUGUAUUUCUGAACUAUCACCAUGUUUUAGCCAAACACGGUACAUUUCAAACCUCAUCAUGUACAGCGACUGGACACGUAGCAGAAAAUUAUGGAUACACUUCUGAAGAGGUAAAUACAUUUAUUUAUAAAAACCAAAGUCCAUCAUCAGCGUCUUCUCCAGAAACCCACAAGGAGACUGCACUACCCCAUUAUAUUGGAACUUCUGUAAUAAUAGCCAAUGGGAGGUGA